AUGAUGAAAGCUCGAACCCCGUUCAGAGAUGCGAGUAGCCUAAUCAGACCCGCUCCUCCACCUCCUAACCUCGCUGUAGUCGAUAAGCGAGCCAAGACUUAUUCGUAUCCGGGUAUGUCGUGCAACUAUUGUGGGAAGCCGGGGUAUACCGCAAAGUUUUGCUUUAGGAGGGCACGUGAUGAGGGCGACAAGCCCAGGCCAUUGGCGAUUCAACCCCAUCCACCGCAAUCUGUGGCUAGGCCACCUAUCAGUAGCCAACCUCCGUUUCAGAGACCAGCAACUCUACUACAGAACAGAGCCCCCAUAGCUCGGGUAUUCGCUAUGUCCGCAGAAGAACGUUCAUCCGUAGUUAAAGAACUGAACUUAGAAUUGAACAACCUUGAACGACCCUUGGUCAUAGUGUCUCUAGUGGAAGGAUUUGUAGAAGCUGCAAGAUUUUGUCCCGCAUGCCUGGUUGUAUUGGAAGGCCAUGAGACUUGUAUGAACUUAGUUGUGAUGAAAAUGAAACAGUUCGAUAUCAUUAUCGGUAUGGACUGGCCUACCCAGGCUCAUGCGAUAUUGGACUGCCAUGCCCGGAUGGUUACAGUAAUGUUACCUGGGCAGUCACCCUUCACUAUGCAAGGAAGACGUCAAUAUGAGACCUAUGAAGGUCUAUGGGCUCUGGAAAAGACAGAAUCAACAGAGAUCACCAUCAAUCAGAUACCUGUGGUUAGUGAAUUCCCAGAAGUGUUUCAAGACCCAGGGUUACCACCAAGGAGAGAGGCAGAUUUUACAAUUAACCUCCUACCCGGUACCACCCCAAUAUUCAUGGCUCAAUAUAGAAUGCCGUCAUGUGAGAUGGAAGAAUUGCGGGUGCAGAUCAAUGAAUUAUUGGGGCAGGGAUUCAUCCACCCUAAUGUAUCUCCAUGGGGCGCACCCGUAUUAUUUGUGAAAAAGAAAGACAGAUCGCAGCGCCUUUGUAUCGACUACAGGAGAUUGAACAGGCUACAAUGA